AUGGACACACAAUCAUUAGUAACAAUUAGUAAACAAUCAACGAAAAAUACGGAUUCUCGUUUGUUCAUUCGCCAAAGACGAAAUAUGGCUCGCUUAGAGGUCAACGAUAUUUAUCGUGAUUAUCAU